UUUAAGAGAACCAUGGCACCUCUCAAGUCGAGGCAGACAUUUUUCAAUGCAAGAUUUUUUCUUGCAUAAAUUAUGUUCAUGACGUAGUGCAAAAGGCCAAUUUUGUGGCAAUUUUGUCCGACUUUACAGCUCAAAUAGGAUUCUGUGAGACACCUCAAGGAUUCCUGAUUAUCUGAACUGUUGCAGAAAGGGCAUCGUCAUUAAAUAUUAAGAGAGAGGAGAUCCUAACAUUGCAAGCCUCCUUAUCAAUGCAAAUACCUCUUUUGUGUGCAGUCACAGCGCCUGUCUGGGAGCUGAGAUGAAUUUUUAAUUAUGUGUGACCGAAACAAACUGUGACAAGGACCUUUUUAAGAGCGGAGGACUACAGAAAAUAAGCUGCAUUUACGCGAAUGCCAGGAAGACAGUGACUGUGGUGGUGCAGCCAGCCAUGAACUCCCAGGAUCUGCCUGCCAAAGAUGCCCCACUUACUGUCAAUGAGCAGGUAACACUCACCUGUUUGCUGGAGAGAAGUGAAAGCAACUCCUCCUCCAGAUAUAAUGACAGCCAGUCCAGUCACACUCUGAUCCCUUCAAGUUCUUUGCUGCCAUUUGCUCCUGUCACCUCCAUGUGCCAACAUACCACACCAUAACGAUUAACUGCCGUGCAGCAGUCCAUUGAUCAGCCAUUCACUGUCUGACUGCAGAAGUCUUUUUUCAGCCAUUUAAACCCCGCACUUUGAAAUACCCUGCCAAAGACAACCAGGUAUGCAUCCUCCUCUCUCUUCCUGCAUUGUCUCUCAGCACCUUGUCCUCCAGCCCAGGUUGUCAUGCUGCCUCUCCAUUAGGGCUUUCAUUAUUGCAUACCAUGAAUCAUCAGUUAGGUCAGAAUUGGGCUUACUACAAGUUGUUAGAAGGGGAAUUGAUAAAGUAGGGAACUCUAGGUUAUUAGUGACACCUCUAGUGCUAGAUCAAGUCAGGCUUUUAUCAUAUUUUAUCAUAACAAAUAGCUAAAUUACGGGUUAUUUAUCAACCUCAAACAGAUGAAGAAGUUAUUCAGCCGGUUCUUUUUGCAUUUAAGUCAUCUCAUGUAUCCCUGGUCACUGCACAGGUCAUUGUGAUGUCUGGCCAUGAAACUAUUCGUGUGCUAGAGGUAGAAGUCGAUGCGUCUCAGCCAUCAUCAGCAUCCGAUGGGAAGAGUGAAGGCAAAGCUGAGGAGGGAGUGGCUCAGGCCGCAGAGCAACCUGAUGCCAGCAGCACCCAAGACGGCGCCACGGGGCCCCAGAGCAGCGGGGGAGUAGUGCUGGGCGAGCAGCAGGUGGUGUCUGUAGAGGCUCUGGCUCCUGCUGUCCAAACGCUGACCCCCGCUGUUCCCAUCAGCGUGUCCCUGCCCCAGCCACAGGCCGCCAUGCCCAUCACCGUACAAGGUUGUCCACAGGUGCUGACGCAGGAAAGUCUGGCCACGCUGAUGACCGGUAUGAUGGCCCAGGCGGGGUCGCUGGGCCAGCCGCUGCUCAUCCCCCUCAGCAUGGCGGGCUCCAUCGGCGGCCAGGGCGGCUUGGCUGUUCUCACUCUUCCUACCACCAAUGUAGCUACUCUGCCUGGUCUCGCAGCAGCUAAUCCUGCUGGAAACCUCCUCAAGCUGCCCUUUGCUGGCCUUCAAGCUGCAACUGUCCUGAACUCGGUCCAGCCGCAGCUACAGACAAAUGCACAGACGGUGUUUCAGCCUCAAGCGGCCUCCUUACAGCCGGUUCAGGCCGCUCUGCAGCAGGUGACCCCUCAGCCGACACAGGUUACCAACGCACAGGUCACUGCUGCUCAGGUGGCAGCAGCCCAGGCGACUUCUGCCGCCACCACCAGCGUGUCUCAGUCCAACAUUUCUGUGGCAGCUCUUCAGACAGCAGGACUGUCCAUCAACCCAGCUAUUAUCAAUGCUGCUUCUUUAGGAGCGCAGCCUCAUUUCCUCAGUUCUCUUACGUCCACUCCCAUCAUCAGCAGUGCCAUGUCCAGCAUGGCUGGCAUCACCAGCCAGAUCAUCACAAAUGCCCAGGGACAGGUCAUAGGGACCCUCCCGCUGUUAGUGAACCCGGCCUCUCUGGCCGGAGGGGCUGCGACUCCCACCCUCCCACUCCAGGGUCUUCAGGUCCAGACUGUCACCCCGCAGCUGCUUCUCAACACCCAGGGUCAGAUCAUUGCCACUGUGGGGAAUGGAGCUGCUGCAAUUGCAACUUCUGCUGCAGUUCUGCCUAAAACUGCUGCUCCUCCAACACUUGCCAAACCCAGCACACAGGCUUCGGUAACAGCUGUCACUCAGUCACCAGUUGUCAUUGCUCCUCAGCCGUCUGUUCUGAAGACGGCCACCACGCUCUCCUCCACAGUACCCAUCACCUGUGGAGACAUAGCAAAAGUGGGCCAGCUUGUCAGCAAACCCCAGCAGGCCGUCAGCAGCGAGGAAGGCAUUAAUCUGGAGGAAAUCCGAGAGUUUGCCAAGAAUUUUAAGAUCCGUCGGCUGUCCUUGGGGCUUACUCAGACGCAAGUAGGGCAGGCUCUUACUGCAACGGAGGGUCCGGCCUACAGCCAGUCGGCUAUUUGCAGGUUUGAGAAGCUGGAUAUCACCCCUAAGAGCGCUCAGAAGCUGAAGCCGGUCCUGGAGAAGUGGCUGGCCGAAGCAGAGCACUGGAACCAGAAAGGCCAGCAGAAUCUGAUGGAGUUUGUUGGUGGUGAACCUUCCAAAAAACGCAAACGGCGCACCAGUUUCACUCCGCAGGCUAUAGAAGUCCUCAAUUCUUACUUUGAGAAGAAUGCUCUGCCAACGGGCCAGGAGAUUACGGAGAUCGCAAGGGAGCUAAACUAUGACCGGGAGGUUGUGCGAGUAUGGUUCUGCAACCGGCGACAGACGCUGAAAAACACAAGCAAGAUUAACGUCUUCCAGGUGUAGCAGCGACCUCAUUGUGGGAGAGUUUGCUGCUGAUCUUUUGUCCUUUUGGGAAUUUGAACAUGUAACGCAGCAGCACACAUCUGGAUUGUGUUGUAAAGACGACUCCGUUAAGGCCGAAAGAAUAUGAACUUUUUGAGAAAAUGAAGGAGAUGAUGAAAGAGUACUAAAACUGAAUAAUAGUUGUGUAAUUGUGUACACUACUUCUGCGUGGUGCGUACUAAGUCAAACUGCAUGGUCCUCUUAUCAUAGUCAGUGAUAAUAAUACAGUGAUGAUAACAUGUUAUAUUUAAAAGCAUUUGAUGAACUUUUAUACCAGUGGUUUUAUAGGUUCCCCCUCUGACUUAUUUGAAGUGUUUGUGCUUAAAGUCACAUUGAUUUUAGUCACAUGUAUGUCACUGACAUUGGCUGGCAUUACGGUGAUAUUUAAAUAAUCUACUUUGGCCACAGUGGAUAACAUGAAAGCUCUAGCUGCUCAUUUAUUUGAUAUUCACGUAUUGUUUGUCCUGCAUGAGCCGCUCUGCAGACAUAAAUGAGAUUCUGACAGACAAAUGACCCAUAAUCUUGUUUUCAUUUGAAUUAUUUGUCUGAGGAGCUCCAGAAAUGACUUUGCUCUCUGUGGACUCCUGACUCUGCCACCAGUAUUUUGGGACAAUCAUCACUUUGGAUCGUUCUUAAGUGAUAAUCAAUGAAAGAUGAGCUUGAAAUCUGUAGUCAUUUCCUCUCAUUUGGCUCCGGUGUCCAUCGGGAAAGUCACUUCUGACGUUCCUCGGACAACAGAGUCUUACUACAUUAUUGCCUGUUGUCUGUGGUGCCCCAAUUGUAAAUUUGUUUUUGAUUUUUAUGAAGCUUGAUUAAUUGUGAAUGACUGAUCGCGCAGAUACUUCGUGUUUGUGUGAGUGACAUAUGUGUGCGAAUUCACCAGUCUGUCUUUGUUUUUACACCGUCUGUUUAAUGUGCUCGUCAUGCUCAGAGAAUGUUUUAUUUUUUGCGUUCUGUUUGUUUACUGCUUUGACUGUUUGCUUAAUAGCCUUCUGCUGCGUUCGUCACCUCGAGUUAGACGGAGCGUAUUUGCAAAAUAGGAGCUCGUUUGACCUGUUCAAGUCGACUUAAUAUGAUGUCAUGUUGCCUGAAACAUUAGUGCCAGAUUUUUUUGAAAUACUCAUGCCAAGCCUAAAAUCUAUCAAAUUGAUUAAAAAGUGUAACGAACCGUUUAGGAAAGGAAAACGUGCUAUGACUUUCACUCUGAACGAGUUGGAUGACAGUUUGCGUCCGCAGUAUGAAGGUGUUUUCUGUAAGAACAAUACUGUGUCGGUUUUGUUUGUCUUUGCCAAUAUUUCAAGAAUUCUUUGCACUUUAGUGACAGCAGGGAAAGUGAAAGGGUUGCGAAUGGUUUACGUCCAGUCAAGGUUUCAAUUUUUGUUUGUGAGAGGAUUUAAUGUUUGUGUUGUGAGAGGCUUUGCAAAAUGUAGCAGUACUGGCAAAAUUGCAAUCAUCAACUUGACAAGCAACAUUUCUAAUUAAGAUUAAUUUACUUUUUAAGCAGAUGAAAUGUAAAAUACUGCAGAAUAUAAAAGCUAAUAUGCAUUAAUUCCAUUUUUUAAAAAUGUUUGAGUUUGUGGUUAUAUAUGUUGAACGGUGCAUUUUAUGCUCCACCUCAUAUUUGCCUUUUAAACGACAGUAGGCUUAUAUUGCAGUGGACAUAUACCUAACCGUAGUGUUACAAAGUUCUUGCUUUAACAUACGUUUACCUUCAUGUUCAAUAUGGGAAGACAAUAUAUAAUAUGGUUUAAUAUGCUAAGUUAUCCGAUAGAGGAAAAAAAAGAGCUAAAUUAGAUUAAUAAGAUGUAAGCUAUUAUACAUUUGACUCCUCAAAGCACAGAAAAGUUCAGGUUUUACUGAGACGAGUGAAAAAGUUGGAUGCUUUUUGUCAUUUUCUGUCAGAUAAAUCAAAUAAACUCUGUCUUUAUUAAUCAA